AGAGUUCAUUAUUACUUUCAACAUUAACUAUCGGUAUUGCCGUUUCUUUUGUUUCGAUUUUUCUAUUUUGUUGGAAGGUUACUCUUUUUUUUCUUUUUUUUUUUUAUCCUUAGUCACCUGAAGACAACUUUCCAACUUGACCUUUACGCUUCUUGAUACUCAGUCUAUUUUAUUCUGUAUUCUAUAUUCUAUAUUUUUAUUUUUUUAAACAAGGAAAUAUGAGAUCAUUUAGUACUCUCAGCCGGCUGAGCUUAGCUGUCUCCGCAGCUCUAUCUCUCUUCACUACUUCUACACAAGCACAAGAUGUUAAUACCACUUUAUCAAACGCCACCGCUGGUUCGGUCUUCGUUUCCCCCCCGCGAGACCUCGCAUUCGCGCUCAACGUUCCGAGCGACUCCACUACCGAUCUGUAUUUCUCGUUGAUGUUUCCGGAGGGGACGAGUUGGGCCGCCGUCGGACUCGGAUCCGAUCGCAUGGCCGGCGCGCUGAUCCUAUUGGCGUACCCGUCGGAAUCGGGACAGAACGUCACGUUUUCGCCGCGAAUAGCUUCGGGCCAUUCGGAGCCCGUGUUUACCCCUGAAAUCAAGGUUGAGGCGUUGGAAGGCACCGGACUCGAUAACGGAACCUUCAUCUUCAACGGGCGCUGUACCAACUGUCGGUCGUGGUCGGAUGGCAAGGGAAAGAUCGACGUCGCGAGCAAGUCGCAGAAUAUGAUAUACGCUACGGGCGAUACUAGCACGCUCAAAUCCGAUUCGUUCGAUGCGCCGCUCAGGAUGCAUUACAACUACGGGACUUUCACGCUAGAUAUGGCUCACGCUACGGGACCCGCGGGCGUUCCGGCUAUUGACCGCUCGGAAAACAGCACGUUGAUCGCCACGACCCAGGGGCUAUCGAAGGAGGGCAAGAAGGACGUCGCGGCGAUUAUGCAUGCGAUCAUCAUGGUUUUCGUAUUUGUCGGAUUAUACCCCUUCGGUAUUUUCGUAUUGCAUCUGGGGAGCUGGGUCCGUUGGCACGGUAUCAACCAGGGGUUCGCAUUAAUCCUCACUAUCAUCGGCUCGAGUCUUGGAUUCUCCAUUAGCAAGUACUACAACAGGUCUAAAAAGGUCAACAGUGCUCACCAGGUCAUUGGAAUUCUCAUCUUCAUUUUCAUCUUUGCUCAGUUUACCCUUGGCUUCUUGCACCACCGCACCUUCAAGAAGACGCAGCAGACAACAAAGAUGGCCCCUAUUCACGUAUGGAUGGGUCGUGUGAUCAUUGUCAUGGGAGUUAUCAACGGAUUCCUCGGCUUUCCGCUCGCCCAGGCAUCGCAGUACAACUACGUUCUCGCGGGUCUCGUUCUAUUCCUCUUCCCCGCCAUGAUGCUCGUCCUCGUUACCAAGAAGUUCAUCCAGAAGAGGUGGAAUAAGUCCAAGAACGAGCCGGCCGGUUAUAACCUGGAGCCGUGGAACCAGCCGAACGGCCAGGCCGGACAAGGGAACAAUCCGCAACAGCCUAUGGGCCAGAAUGUGAGCAUUCCGGCCGCGAGCACUUAUAUGCCCUAUCACGCACAAGCUAAAGGAGGUCUUGGACCGCAGCAGAAUACUCGAGAAUACGUGUGAGGAGGUGGAAUAGUAGAUACGAUUAAUAAGUCGGGCUGUGCCGAUAUAGAAUGCAUUAAUGAGGCGUUUAGGCAUGGUUCAUGUCAUUUGUGCUCGGGCAAUAUGCUCUUGAGCCUAUGGAAAGGGGAACUACUUCAAUCAGAUGGCAUAUCGAAGAGAAUAUUCAAUUGUUAUAAUUUCUUCUCAGCGUUUAUGGUUCCUACUUCGUCCAAUGCUUGUUCUUUCAAGCAUAGCGGGCACGUUACUACAUGUAGCCGAGUAAUCGUAUGGUUCGAGUGACGACGGGCGCUCCAGAUGGUUGUGUAGAUGCCUCGUAACGUUACUCAAAAUAAGUAUGCGUCACAAGCAAGUAUCCGUCUACUAUAUAACUUUCUUGCAGAGUAAUACCAGGC